AUGCGCGCUACGUCGAAAAUUGAGAGGGAACUCGUCGAGAAAGUUAACAACAACAUUUUGAAGUUAUCGUAUUAUGCCAUGGGCAACGAAGAACCACAUGAAGAUAUAGAAAUUUCUCAAGAUGAAAAGUACAAAAUCAUUCGGAAAAAUAAUGUUCACUUCGGAGAAGAAAUGAUGCCUCUGAUGGCGUUUCUUUUGAGAACCGGAACCAUUGAGUACUUUUUCGCCGCAUCUUUUUGGCCAUUUUCGGAAAUGCUGAGGACAAAUAAGAAGUACAGAAUCAAAAGUCUCAGAGUAGAUCCAAGCAAUGAAGAGGGACUGAUGAUUAUGAAAGGAUGUGACGAAAAGAUAAUCGAAACAGUCACUAUCCAUGAAAACUUUAAAGAAAUCCCCGUGGAGGAAAUUGUAGCCUUACCAUCGCUCAAAUCAGUGAAAACGUGGAAUCUGCUUGGCGUCACUUACCCAAUUUCGGUUCUUAUCUUCAUAGCCUAUUGGUUCACUAUAGAUGUUGAAAUAGAAACCAAUCUCAACACUCAAAUGUUUGGAUAUGAAACAUUCGAGUUGAUUACCGACUUUUUCUCACAACGAAUCGAACACCAGACUGACAACAAGUGCACUAUUCGAAUUGAUGAUCGGAAGCGUGUCACUGUUACCGUCACAAUAAUUGAGGUUAAGGAAUUAAUCGUCGUUGAGGAAUUCAUCGUCGCUGAAGUCCACCUAUGA